UAUUGCUCUACUGUUCUGUGACAUACACCUGCCCAGGUACCAACAAGGAGCCAAACUGACAUAACCUACCUCAAAAAGCAUGAAUCUUUACGUUUGUCUCCCUCUGCUGGCUGUUCUGCUGCAACCUGCUGUGUGUCUUUACAACUGUUCAUCUCAGUAUGAGAGAACUCCAGACAACUCGGACAUGGUGGUUGACUGCGGCCCUAGUGUGAUUACUCUGGAGGUCAACUACUGCACGGCUCAGUGGGCAGGCUUCAACGCCACAGAACUGUCACUGAAUGGGAACCACAACAAUACAGACUGCCAGGGCUCCAUCGACACCAGUGUGGACCCCCCAAUCAUCCGCUACCAGCUUCCUGUUAACCACAGUCAGAGUAACCCCUGUCGCCAGUCUCUGCAGAUCGUGGAUGAAGCACCAGACCCCACAGGUCCCUUCAGCAGCUUCUUGAGCAUCCAGUCAGUUAUCAUCACAGGAUUUAUCGACACACCCAGAUCUGACCAGGGGGUGAUCAGCUACUCUACAGACCUCUAUUAUCACUUCUCCUGCCGCUAUCCACUGGAGUACCUGCUCAACAACACACAAAUUGCAGCCUCUUCAGUCUCGGUGGCAACCAGUGAAAAUAAUGGAUCCUUCAUUGAUACACUAAAAAUGAGUGUUUUUAAUGACACCGAUUAUGGCUAUCCAUUACUUGUACCUUCAGCUGGACUUGAGCUACGAACCAGGAUCUAUGUGGAGGUCAAGGCCAUUAACCUCACAGGAAACUUCAAUGUACUGCUGGAUCACUGCUUUGGGACUCCCACUCCUUACAACAUGUCGCAGAAUGAACAACACAACUUUUUCACCGGCUGCACAGUAGAUGGCAGAGUGAAUGUGACGAGCAAUGGCCUCUCCAAGGUUGCCCGGUUUAACUUUGAGGCUUUCCGCUUUGUGGCGCACCGUGACAAGGCAAAGUCCAGCAUCUAUCUACACUGCAUAAUGAGACUCUGUGAGCCCAGCAAAUGUGAAGAGCUGCUGUCUGGUUGUUCUUCCAGAAGAAAAAGAUCUUUGACUCCUUUUGGAGAAAGGAGUAGUGAAUCUGCCACUGUCUCAGUUGGACCUCUUUACACUGCUCAAGAAGGUGUGCCUUUUGCAGCUGCUUACAGUAAUGACGUGGAACCAGAGUGGGACGAUGACGAUGUGACAGGACUGGUGGUCGGUGUGGUGUUUGGCUCAGCUGCUGCUGUUUUACUGGUUCUCGGUGGCUGGUUUGUCCUGAAGAAGUUUUAUUGGGUGGGAGGGUUAUCUCAUGCGUUUGCCUGACACACCAACUUGAAAAUUGUCUUUGCCUCACACCACAUUGUAACUGCAGGUGUAUUGUAAAUAUAUGAAAAGUCAAGGUUUUUCUGUAAUAAUGAAAUGUUCUUGUCAGGUGACUAUGGAGGCCAAGAAAAUAACUUGCUAUCUUGUGUAACUUUGUAUGCUUAUUGCAUUCAAGAGUUGGAAAUGAAGGAACAGCUGAACCUGAGCUGUAAGAAAGAAAUAUUUACUAUGUAAGCAAUUAAAGAAUAGAGUCAUUUUUAUUUUUUAUGGAAGUGCAAGUUUGCUUUAAUAACACCUGUGAAUCUGCCUGCCCUGCUAUAUGUUCUUUUUCUACAAUAUCAUAAAUGUUUUGUACAGAAUCCUAAUAAAACCACUGUUGAACAAAUU